AUGGGACCAACCACGCAUGGCCACAGGCAGACCAAGCUUUUAGCUCGGUACGUUUUACAGGGUCCUGUGGCUAUAAAUUCGAGCCCCGUUUUGCGGACAUCCGCUUCCUUAUUACGGACAGCUUUCUUUGACCCUGGACAAAGCCCUUACAUUUUAACCCGCUUAAUAAGGACACUUAAAUCUCUUUUUGUAAGCGUCAGUAUAAAAAUCGCCGAAACCCUCCCUAACGUAUCACUGUCUACUGGCAGCCUCAAUAAUUAAUUUUAGCUCUGAUAUUCUGGUCAGGCUCAGGACUCCUGAGUUUCCAUUCUAUGUAUACGUUCGGUUCGUCUAUGGCGCUGUCUAAUUAGUGAAGAUCUGAUGCUACCAAGCGUUUAGAACUUAAAAAAGCUACUGGACUGUAUACAAAUAGUGCACAUAACUGUUGUGACGAUAAAAUGUGUCCAGAUAGGGAGACUAGCGUACCCGGAUUCUCAAUGCACUGGGGGUGGGUUGGUUUCCAGUAGGCGCAGGUUGGUAUUCCUGUAGUUCUUCCUCAGGAUCCGACUCAUCACAAUCGAGAAUGCCCACGAUCUGCCUAGCUUUUGCGAUGAACUAUCGAUCAGUGUCAGGUAGAUACGUGCACUCGCUUUGGUAGUGGGGGUAGUUUCCGCGUCUGGCCUUUUUGCAGAGGGGACAGGAAAUUAGGGCGUGUUCGGAAGCGAGUGGUGGGCUUGGCAGCUUGUGGGAAAAAAUCACGAAAAUAAAGACCCGCGAAAAUAAGUCGUGAAAUUAUUUUAAUGCUCAUGUAGAAAAUUCAAAUCACAGAAAAAAAAAUUCUUAACUUGUAAUAGCAACAACAUAUACAUGGUGAUGUAUCGAAAAUAUAACGUGUUAACUGGUUUUACUUGUAAGCUCCGUUUUGUACCUUUAGUUAGUGAAAUAACACCAGUCAAGCUUUCACAUUGAUUUUCCAGGUUAUCUAGAAAUUCGGAAACUUUCAGACUCUUUUAAAAAUAAAAUUAAGUUGAGAACGCUUAAAUCGCGAAAUUUAAUGCCCUUUUUUUCAUAUUUGCGUGUAAAAAUCGCGAAAAUAAAACCCCGCGAAAUUCUCUCUCGCCAAAAUGCGCGAAAUUAAGUACUAAUAAGGUACCAAAAGAGCUUCAUAGUUGGUUAAUUACCCGCUUAUACCCCGCCUAUACCCUGCCUAUACCAAACUACCUUGAAAUCUUGGUAACAGCCCUGUGCAUGUCAGUUGAAAUAGGCAAUUUCCAAGUUACCCCAAUCAACAAAUCUUUUAGUGUAAAAGAGUUGGUGAGGAAGGCAAAGUCCAACAACAUGAUAGUUUGAAAAACAGCAGACCUUAGAGUUAUGUCAGAGGGGGGUAGUUAUUUGAAAAAGGGGCACAUAGUACAUUCUUCACAUUACUAGUAAACAGGGAAAGUUAAGUGUGUGCUGCAGAUACAUUUCUUUAUCAGUUGCAGGCUUCAACAUACUGAUAGUAUUACCCUGCUCCAGGCUAUAAGAUAGUCAUGUGCAGUUACUGGUUCGAUAAUGAUGCACAAAUCACACGUCAGUUUUUCAUAACCUUCCUAUGCAUCUGAGAGCCUGGCAAGGCUAUGUUUCCCUGCGAAUAGAGGUUUCUCUCUUGCAUGGCUUUUAGCAUUUACUUAGUCAUUCGCCAUCUACCCAACAGACAAGCCACGUGAAUGACUUCAUAAACAGUAGAAGCCAUGCAAGAGAGAAACCUCUGCUGGCAGGGUAAGGCUAUGUUUUCAGAUGUGUCUGACCUCAAAUUGUACAUGUUUAAUACUGCUCAUGUAUUGUAUAUGGUAUGAUAUUCAGCUUGGAGGGGUGUUAAGUUGGGGGGAAGCUUAUUAAUUUUUUUAUUACUUUUGGCUUAAAGGGCUACUAAAGCUAGCAUUUCUGUUAUUUUAGUUUCAAGAAUCCGUCCUAUAUUGUCUUGCAGGUAAAGUUAGUGGACGUGAUAAAAUGAUGGCCGAAAUCUAUGCCAGGGGUCCUAUUGCAAGUGGCAUAAUGGCCACUUCGAAACUCGAGGCAUACGAAGCAGGUAUCUACACUGAAUAUAACCCUUCCCCUAUGAUCAACCACAUUGCAUCUGUUGCUAGCUGUGGUGUGGAGAAUGGAACAGAGUACUGGAUUGUGCGCAACUCCUGGCGUGUCCCGUGGGGGGGAGAAGGUUGGCUGAGGAUCGUAACCAGUAGAUACAAAGAUGGAAAGGGAGACGAUUACAACCUGGCAAUUGAACAGGAUUGCGCAUUUGCUGUGCCUACAGUGGAAGAAGACUAA